AUGAAACGCGCAUUGACCGCGCUCGCGGCCGCGAGCCUGGUUCUUUUCCUGGCUGUGCCCGGCUGUAGGGCCCUGGACGUGCACGUGCAAUCCGACUACAAUUAUACCGACUCCUGCCUGGACUCUCCCUUGACAAUUCACGUCAACUUCAGCGCGUACAACGGCACUCUUCGAUUUCCCAACCUCGCGACGACAACGGCUAAACUUACGCUCGUUAUUCAAGAAGGCUCGACCACCAUCCUUCUGCCCCAACUCACCUCAGCUCAAGGGAUAGAGUUUUUCGUCAAAGCAAAUGGACUCAUUUUCAGUCUUCAGGCCCCCGUGCUUGCUGCCGUCAUCGGCAACAUUUAUUUCGACAUUGAAACCUCAAGCGGCUUUGCCGAGCCCGUGGUCUUUCCCAACCUCACGAGCGUGAACGGCAACGUCGAAGCCAACGUUCGAAACGCCAUCGUCGACCAUCCCCCCCGCUUUCCCGUUCUCUCAUCAAUCUACGGCAAUCUGGUCAUCAAAUCGGCCGGCACUCGGGCCGCUCUGGGCACCGAUGGCCAGGGCCUAUCUCUCCUGACUGGGCUUCCCGCGUCUCAAGGUCUGCUGACGCACGCGCCCUCGCCAACAUUCAUCUCAUUCAAAAAGCCUCGCCCACUGACCUUCAAUUCUCGCUCAUAUGCUUUGUGCGCAGCGGCCGCCGUCACCAGCAUUGUUGUUACGAUUGAAGCGUCGUGCCACGCAGGUCGCUCUUUUAACAUGCAACCCUCCAUGUCCUCUCAGAGCUGUUCCGCCGUCAUUACUUUGGCCCCCCGGGGAUGCUCACAUGUCAACAGUCUUCUCGCCUACUCUGCUCUCGGUCGCCUGAACAUGUUCAUCCGCAACUUGGACAUCGACUAUGUAUGUGGUUUGAUUGUCCUUUUGCCCAGGCUAAAACAAGGAGAUGAGAAAUGGGACCGAUGA